GCACGCACGCCCAUUCUUCCCCCGUCCGAAGAGCUCCCCGUCCCCGCGUGCCCUUCCAUGCACGGCCCCUAUCCCGCCCGGCCGUCCGCCCUACACUGUCUCCCCAUCUGAGAAUUCCUUUUACCCAUGUUUUCCUCGGUCCCCCGGCGCCUUGGCGCGCUGGCCGCCUCCGACGCGUGGUAUGCACGUCGCGCGGCCAGCUGCCUGCCGGGGCGGCGGUUGCUGCCGCCACCAUCACCAUCGUCACUUCCCGCCAGUGGCGCCGACGUGCCUAGCCACGCACGCGCCCUUUCGUCGCUGAGCAUGCGCACGGCCGGCCUGCCGCCGCCGCCUGCCGCCCUGCGAUCCGACUCCAGCCGCGCUGGUGGCUCCCCGGCCCGCGCGCGGAUCUCCCUCUUCGGCACCCCGGCCCAGCGCGCCGUCGCAAUGCUUGCAUCUCGGGUGCCGGUCUUUUUCUCGAGUCUUGAUGCGCUCUACUUUUCAGAAUACGAGAAGGCCCUGGCCGGGACGCUGUUGCCGCGUGCCCGGCCAUCGGUUCCCCUUUUCCCGCCGACGGCCCCAUCGCCGCCCAUGUUUUCCCGCCCGGCGACCAUGCCGGCGACCGAGCGGCCGGUCCCUCGGGACCAGUCUUCCGCAAGCCUGACCACGGUGGCCUCGGAGCCCGGGACCGGUGUUGUCCCGGCGACCGGUGCCACCGAGCUUCACACCGCCCAAACCGACCUGGCCGAGUCGCCGGGCAUGUUCCACGUCAAGCCGGCCCCCGCCUGCACAACGGCCCUGCUGAGCGAGGUCCACGGCAGCGAGUUUGUCUGCCGCGCACUGGGCGAGACGUCGAUGAUGCCGAUCGCCGACUCGCCCUUGCAUGACGGCGGCAUGGCCACCACCGGCGCCGGUCCCGGUGCCAUUGCCGCCGUCACGGCCGCCGCCCCUGUCGGGCAGCCGGCCGCCGCCUCCGGCGGGCAUGGAGAGGAGGGCGGCCUCCUGGCCGGUGGCGACCUGUCGGACUCCUUUUCGCUGGCCACAUGUCGGCCGGGGACGCCUCUGCCUCCGUUGGUGGCCGAGCGCGAGCGUCAUGCCAUCGGCGCGGCCAUCGAAGCUCUAUCAUUGCUCCAUGCCGGUUCCCAGUUUGCCGGAAGUCUGUCCGGUAGCUUGGUCUUCAAUGAGAUCUCCGUUGCCAUCAACCAUGCCGUUCGGCAUCUGGGCUACCGGCGGAUCCUAGUAUGUGACCUGUCGUGGUACCCCCGGCCCAGCCAGUGGCCCGGGACCGAGGGCGAUCCUGCCGCCGACCUGACCACGGCCGCGGCGGCGGCCGCCGCCGCGGCCGGCCCCGGUGGCGCGGCCGAGGACGCCAGUGUCUUCACUCUGUCCAUCCGCCCGAGCGGCGAGCUGAUUGACGACUCGACCGGCGUUGUGGAUCCGUCAGUCCCGCCGACGCCGCCCGCCCCCUCGGCGGCCGGGGCCUUUGAGGCCGGCGAGCAGCCCGGAAGCAACCAGCUGGUGAUCGACAUCAGCCCCGAUGCCGCGGACCACGAGUACAUUCCCCUGGUGUCGCGGUCUCUCCGGCGGGCCUUCGCCGUUUGGAAGCCGGAUCUCAUCGUCUACCAUGCGGGGAUCGAGUCCUUCUUCUCGGAGCCUCCUCCCUGCCAGCGGCUCCCCUCGGGCCGGCUGAUUCAGUACCGGCCAUCGCGGGUCACCCGCCAGGGGCUGUCCGAGCGGAACCGGCUCCUAUAUGAGCUGGCCAUUGCAGCCGGAGCGCCGGUUCUCACGCUGGCUGGCGCGCCGCCCGUCAUCCCUGCCUGCCUGGAGGAUGAGGCCGAUGCUGAUGCCAAUGCCCCGGUUGGCUUUUCUUGCCCCUCCUCCCCUGCUGCGGCAUCCUCCUCCCCGGUCGGGGUUGCCGGCGGUGCUUCCGCCCUCGGGGGCACCCCUUCAGAAUCCCCUCAGCCCGGUGGUGGCUGCCCGGUGGCACCCUCCCCCACGGCCAUGGUGUCUGGCCGGCCGGGCAGCGGCCCGCCAAUGCCCGCCUCCUCGCCGGUGCCCGGCCUUUCGCUGCCGGUCUUCCGGGCCCGGCGGUCGGCCGCCUCCGCUGCUCGCGCGGAUCUCUUCCGCGCCGCGGCCCAGGUGCUGGCCGUGCACAACCACCGCCAGUUCUUCUUCUGAGCGUCGCGCGCGCGCAUGCACACAUGAUCGCGCAGAAAGCGCGCCUCCCACACCCCCUGUCCUUGUUCCUGUUUCCACUGCCCUCCCCUUUCCCCAGCCGCCCUCGGCGCGUCCCCCACCAUCGGGGUGCGCACAUACUGGCGGG